AUGCCUGUGCUUAUUGGAUGUUCCAAAGCAGAUGUGGUUAAGUUUGUGUCUCAGAAAGUGCAAAGUCGGUUGAUGAUUUGGACGUCAACUCUUCUAUUUAAAGGAGGUAAGGAAGUUUUUAUUAAGGCAGUUUUAAGUGCCUUACCGACGUAUGUUAUGGCGUGUUUUUGGUUACCAUCUUCUUUAUGUGAGGAGAUUAUGAAGUUUAUCAGAUCCUUUUGGUGGCGUAAAAAGCCUGAGGCUCACGCUGUUCAUUGGGCUAACUGGGACGUUUUGUGUAAAAGUAAGAAAGUCGGAGGCUUGGGAUUCAGAGAUAUGCAAGUGUACAAUUUGGCUUUGCUUGCAAAACAGGCUUGGAAUUUUCAGUGUGUUCAAAGAGUGCUUCCAACGAAGUCUGCUUUGAUGAUCAGGGGUCUGAUUUCUCCUCUGCAUUUGGAUGUUUCGGCUUGGGCUGGUCAGUCUUUUGAGAAUUGGUGGUUAGCUAUAUGUAAUUUAAGGACUGAUGUGCGGGAUAUGGUGGCUUUUGUUGCUUCGACACUUUGGAAAGCUCGAAAUAGUUUGGUUUUUAAAAGAAAACUUUUUACUACUCAAGGAGUUGUGAACUUGGCAGUGGCAGCCUUUUGGGAGUUUAGAGCUGCUUGUCAGCUUAGCAAGGACGGGUCAAGAGUUGCUCCUUCCAAGUCAAGGUUGGGCAGGGGUGGAAUUGUUUUUCGUAAUCAUGGCGGUGUCGUUUUGCGCGUGGCGGUGCUCAAGUCUCUUAAAGCUUCUUCAGCCCUUUCGGCAGAGGCAUUUGUUUUGCGGGAGGCUUUGCUUUGGGCUAGGAAUUUUCAGUUUCUUUCGUUGUAUGUGGAAACUGAUUCUCUGGUGUUAUAUGAGGCUAUGCAGAGAUAUAGAGUUUGUCCUGCAGCCAUUUUUUCCUUGGUCUCUGAUAUUCACCAGCUCUUGAAUGAUUCUCAUGUUGUUAGGUUUGCUCAUGUGCGUCGUGAUGUAGUUUGUUCAUGUGCGUCGUGA